AUGUCCCGCCGCAAGAAAGACCCUACCGCUCCUCAGACUGCCUCGACCAAGAUCACCAAGCCCGAGAGACCCAAAAAUGGAAUUAAAGUAUCCCCAGAACUAGCCGCCAUCGUGACUUCGGUUGAUUUGUCCUCCAACGUCACGGUGAAUGAUAUUGGUCCUACCAACCCGGAGCUAGCAGAUGUGGACGGAGAGCCUCCUGCGUGGUCCAAUAAUCGGCCUGAGAUAGCAGGAGCUUUCACAUGGUUCAAAUCCCACCAAGGCGGCAUGUACUAUAACAACGGCAUAUGCUAUGGCUUCUUGAUUGACGGAGACUCUGGAAAUCGCUGCCACCGGGGGAUGCUGCGAGAAGGGCAAGGAUGGCAACCUGAUCCAAACCAAAGACAUGAGCGAGGAAAAAGCCGCUAUCAGGAGCAUAUUGAGGAGCAUGGAGGAGAAGGUUCCUGUCGGAUUAAUUAUAGGCGAGUCUUUCCCCAAGCUCCAUUGACUACGGCUGACAUUGUAUCAGGCUCCAAGAACACGGCCUGCGGACGAAAGCUACCCCACCGCUACAAUGUCAUGGCCUACUUUCUAGUCACUGAUGUCUGGGCUGAGAAGGUCGACGGCAAGAUUGGCUUCAAAGUGCGCUUCGAGAAGUUAGACCUCUCGGAGAAGAGCUGGUGGGCGAAAAAGGGAACAAUCCUGCCAGACCCUCUUACGCGCGCCUACACUGAGGCCGUCACUCUGCAAUGCGCCGCUUGCUCUUUGCCCAGCAAACAAGUGUACAUGGAGGGAUGGAUGUGCUUAAACCCCAGGUGUCAGGAGUUCUGGAUGCUUUCUGGCUCACAGCCUCCGGUCACCAUGACUUUUCACGACAAAUUUCUUGAAGCUCGGACACGACAUGAGCCACCAAUAGAAUUUCCCCCUCUCGUGCCGAACUUACCCGAGAAACCGGAUUCCAGCUCGUCGCGUGCUUCGUGGAGAUUUGGGAUCGUGUGUCCUCACUGUCGAAAGUGCAUACCUCGGAUCCAUUGGAAUGGCUGGAGGUGCGCCGACAACGAUGCAGGAGGACCGGAGGAGAAAUGCCCAUUUGAGCGAUGGAUAAAACUGGAUCCAGUUGCCUUACCGGCAGAAGAUAGAAACAUCGAUCAGGGCCGUGCCACAAAGCUCGUUCUCCUCACAGGCAGCCCCGAUGACACGUCCUUCCCUCCGUAUGCGCUGGUUACGUAUAGCCUUGGGGAUGCCGGAUAUAUCCUGCAUUUCAAAUCGAAUUCAGCGAUCAAUAGCCGCCCGAAGGGUCCCGAUGGCCUCUUCCAGGAGUUACAGGAAGCCGACCUUAGGCUCCGGCGUCAUCCUAUGAGUCAGGCGCAAGUUGGCGGCACCCUAACUUCACAAUUCUCAACUAAUUUUGGUUGUCCGUACAAGUUCGUUGUGUGUGUUGAAUCGCGAGGCUUCGACCAAGCCUGCGACCCCGUACUCCGCGCACUCGGUCGUUUGAGAUGGGCCACCGAGACCGCCGUGCAGAGCAUGGGAGGCACCGCUCUCGAGCCCAAUGAACUGCUCUUAUUGGGGUACUUUGAGGAUCAGAGAAUCAGCUAUCACGAUGAUGGUGAAUCCACACUCGGUCCUACAAUUGCUACCCUCUCCCUUGGCUCAACCGCAACGAUGUCUGUGCGGAUGAAGUAUAAGUACUACCACGGCUUCACCAAGUCAAGUAUGAAGAAAAAGAAGGGGGAGGAAGAGCAGGAGCAGAACGGGGAGGAGGAGAAGGAAAAGGAGACUGUUGCCCUUCUUGCCGACGACCCUGUCCUGCCCUCAUGCGAGAACUACACCAACCGCCAGGCUCUCAAGAAGAAUCUUCUUGAUGGGUCUACCUCUGAGGAGAACUACAAGAAGGCUUGGUGGGAGUCCUUCGAGCAAAAUAAAGGCCAGGACAAACCACCCGAUCUUAUGAAGAUUAAACUUGAGCAUGGCGAUUUUGUCGUGAUGCAUGGAGAGGGGGUACAAAAGUACUACGAGCACGCUGUCGAGCUCGACAAGCGCGGCGAGCUGCGAUUCGCGUUGACGGCGCGCCAUGUGAAGAAAGAACAUAUCUCGGAGGAUGAAUGGAAGAUGGGGCAGUUUACUUUGAACGAGGACCAGAUCUAUGAUGGAAAGUGA